AUGAAAGUGGGUCUCGAUUGGACAUGCCCAUGUGAGGAUGCUCAUUGCUGGGUGUAUAAAGAACACCCACGCCGCUCGUCGGCGGAACCCCGCCGCCUCCUCGCCGUCACCGCCGCCCCCAACCGCGAUGCCGAGUCCCUCUUCAGAACCAAGCCCAUCGCCGAGAUCCGCACCGUGGAAUCCCAAACCAAGAAAGAGAUCGAAGAGAAAAAGGAAGAACUCCGUCAGCUCGUCGGAAAAAGCUAUCGCGACCUCAUCGAAUCCGCCGACUCCAUCAUCUCCAUGAAAUCCUCAUGCGAGUCCAUCGAAUCGAACAUCUCCGCUAUCGAAUCCGCUAUAGAUUCUCUUUCUCCCUCUGAAAACCCUAGCUCUGCGUCGAAUCUCUCGCAGAACCCCGCGAGAGCCAAGAUCUAUGGGAUCGCGUGUAGGGUGAAGUAUUUGGUUGAUACUCCUGAAAAUAUUUGGGGGUGUCUUGAUGAAUCGAUGCUUCUAGAAGCUUCUGGAAGGUACUUGAGAGCUAAGGAGGUUCACGGUCUGGUCACCGCCUGCGGAGGAGCGGAUCUGGAUGUAAUGUCUAGGUUUCCGCUGUUGAAGCAUCAAUGGGAGAUAGUGGAGAGCUUUAAAACCCAGAUCUCGCAGAAGAGUCGAGAGAGGUUGACGGAUCAAGAUCUCAUGGUUGGAUCGUAUGCUGAUGCUCUCGCAGCGGCUGCUACGAUUGAUGAUCUGAAUCCUGAGCAGGUAUUAGGCUUGUUUUUGGAGUCAAGGAGACUCUGGAUCUUGCAGAAAUUGGCAGGUUUGGUGACUGAUCGCGAUUCUUCUUCCUCUUCUUCUAUUCUGUGUGAUGUGAUGAGGAUAAUUAGAGCUAGUUUAGGUCAAGUAGGCGAGCUAUUUCUUAUGGCAUUGAACGAAAUGCCGCUGUUUUACAAAUUAGUGCUUGGUUCGCCUCCGGGGACUCAAUUAUUUGGGGGAAUACCAAAUCCAGAGGAGGAGGUAAGACUUUGGAAGUCACAUCGAGAAAAACUGGAGUCAGCAAUGGUUUUGUUAAAGCCAGAGAUUGUUGCAGUGAGUUGUUCAUCUUGGUUGACAAGCUGUUGUGAUGAGAUCUUUGGACAAAUGGCGAAUAAGAAGAGGUUGGUGGAUUCAAUUGAGAGCGGAGAUGAGUUGGCAUCUGUUCAGAAGCGGGUUCGUGAGACUCUUGAUGGAAGGGAAGGGCUUGAACAGAGCCUGGAACAGUGGCUGAUGAGUGUAUUUGGUUCUGAUAUCGAGUCGCCUUGGAACCAAAUUCGUGGGUUGAUUUUGAAAGAACGGAAAGAUAUAUUGGAAGAUAGACUGGAACAGGCAUUUGUGAGGAGGAUGAAAGAGAUUGUAGAGUCUGGGUUUAAUGACUUGAAGAAGGAAAUUAGUAAGAAUGAUUUUGCAUCAUACUUGAAGAAGCGAUCUACUGGUGGUGGAGUUUGGUUCUUAGAGCCGAAACACAAGAAAAUGCCACUUGGUUAUAGUUUCAAGCCUACUGCCGAUGAAGAUGACUUUAAGAACUGCUUGAAUGCUUAUUUUGGACCACAAGUCAGCAGGAUUAGAGAUGUAGUGGAUGACAAGUGUGCUGGCAUAUUGGAAGAUCUGUUAUGCUUUAUGGAAUCUCAUAACUCUACCACGAGGCUUAAGGAACUCGCUCCGUAUCUCCAGAAUAACUGUUUUAGGACAAUAUCAAUCAUAUUGAAAGAACUUGAGGAUGAGCUUGGACGGCUCUCUGAUUCUAUGGGAAACUAUAUGGCAGACAUAAACUCUCAGCCACCUUUUGUACUUGUUGAAAGAUCACUUUUCAUUGGACGACUCUUGUUUGCUUUGAGAAACCAUUCAAGUCAAAUUCCUUUGGUACUUGGUUCCCCAAGGAAUUGGGUGAAAGAAACAGGUGUGGCGGCAUUUUCCAACCUAGCAUCUCCUUUGUCAAAGAAAUCUAAAGGAGGCUUUGAUUCUCCUAUUUCUUUUAGCCCUAGACGGCACACAACUGACAGCCCCAGAAGUCCUCGAAGGCAAUUCCUUGAUAGCCCUAGGAGACAAACAAUUUCAGCUGCUGCUGCUUUGUUUACGGUAGAUGACAGCAAAAGCCCGAAACUUGAGGAGCUCAGCAAAACUUUGCAAGAACUCUGCAUUAGAGCUCAUGGGCUAUGGAUACUAUGGGUGUCCAAUGAGCUAUCUGCUAUUCUUGCAAAGGAACUCAAUAAAGAUGACAUACUGUCUACAUCCACUCCUUGGCAGGGAUGGGAAGUGACUGUUGUCAAACAAGAGCAGUCUAGUGAGAGUUCUCCAGAGAUGAAGAUAGCUCUUCCUUCCAUGCCUUCACUCUACAUAACCUUUUUUCUCUUUCAUGCAUGCUUGGAAAUUCACAAAAUUGGAGGUCAUGUCCUUGACAAAAGUAUAUUAAGGAAUUAUGCUGGCAGGCUACUGGAGAAGGUUGUUGGUAUCUAUGAAAAUUUUCUUUCAACUAUAGAGGGUCCUGAAUCUCGAGUCUCAGAAAAAGGAGUCUUGCAAAUCCUGUUGGAUAUCAGAUUUUGUGCGGACAUUUUAGCUGGAGGCAAAGAUUUGAACAACAUUCCAAAACCUUCUGUCAGGCGAAGGCAGCUGCAGGAAUCUGCUAGUAAAGACCCUGUAAUCGGGUUAAUACGGAGACUUUCACAGAGGCUGGAUCCUAUUGACUGGGCUACGUAUGAGCCUUACCUUUGGGAAAAUGAAAAGCAAUCAUACAAACGCUAUGCUGUGAUGUUUGGUUUCCUAGUUCAGCUUAACCGAAUGUACACUGAUACUGUCCAGAAGUUACCUACAAGGUCAAAUACAGAGUCAAACAUCUUGAGAUGUUCUACAAUUCCACGAUUCAAAUACCUUCCAAUCAGUGCACCUGCCUUGUCAUCAAGAGGACAAAACAGAUCAACUCUUCAGACAUCUGCAGAGAAUGGAACACCAAAGAGUCCGUGGAAUACAUAUGCAAGUGGAGAGGGGACUCCAAAACAUGAGUUUGAUGAUUCUGUUAGCUCUGGAGUUCCAACUCCUUUAUUCAAGUCUUUUAUGACACAGGUCGGCAGCAAAUUUGGUGAAAGCACAUCACUUUGGGGAUCAAUGCUCUCUGACAGCACGCUUAAGGACAGAUCGACAGCUGCCAUGUCAACAUUUGGUGACAUGCUUCCUGGCCCAGCAGCAGGACUUCUGUCAUCUUUUACUUCGGGAGCUGCGAGGUUCGGUUCUUAAUUGCUGACUGAUUUUUCCUAAUGCAUUGUGAUUAUACCUCAGAAAUGAGCUUACCUGGGCUGAGGCAAAUUGAUGACCCGCAUGCACCUGAGAUAAAAUAGGAAAUGAAGGCGAUUCAUGUUCAUGUUGAUAAUAUUUAUUUUCCUGUUGCCUCAUUUUCCUGUCGUCUCAUUUCUCUCGAGAAAGGCACCUCCAAGUGAUCAAGAUGUAGCAAAAUAGUAACAUGGCAAUAAAAUGGAUGUGUUUAUACCGCAGCUAAUAUUUUCAAAGUUGAGUUGAGAUUCAGCUUGCAGGGAUGACUUUUUUAUUCAUAGCAGUUUUGCGAGGAGAAAGGCGUUACCGAGUAGAGGGGAUUUGGGUUGUGUAUUUUUCCAAGCUGUAGUUAGUAAAUUACAUAAUAAAGAAGGUAAUCUAAAUUUGUUCCUUGUGCAAUUGAUUGUUUUCGUGUGUUUUGUUCAGGGCAACCAGUUUUGUUUGAUUUGAGACUGGCAUUUAUGCCGGAUGGCUUAAAAGACAUGCGCUGGGAUAUCAUUUUCUGUUUUUCCUUUUUAAUAUCACUGCACAUUUACGGAAUAGUGUACUUUUCUAUUUCUUCAA